AUGGACAAAACACAGGUUGCUAAGGUUGAUAAUGUAACCUUGGCUCGCCGCGGCGAACAAGUUGACGGAACCCUCCACCUAACCCCUCACCACCUUAUCUUCUCCCAUUUCCCUCCCCUCUCCAGCGAGGACCAGGCCAAGGGUUUGACUAUCAGACCGAAAGAGCUCUGGAUCACCUACCCUAUAAUUGCUUUCGGCACCUUGCGACUGGCUCCCGCGGCCUCCCGCCAACUAUCCUCUAUCCGUCUUCGCUGCCGUGAUUUCACGUUUGUCUGUUUUUAUUUCGCCAACGAGCAUAAAGCGCGUGAGGUGUUUGAAAGUAUCAAACAAUGGACUUGCAAGUCUGGUCGGCUGGACAAGCUCUAUGCUUUUACCUACCAGCCACUGCUCGCCGAGAAGGAGUUUAAUGGUUGGGAAAUAUACAACCCUCGUAAGGAGUGGAUGCGCCAGGGUGUCUUAAAAGAAAGCUCUGGCUGGCGUAUCUCAGACAUCAAUACUGAUUACAGUUUCUCUCCAACAUACCCUGCUCUGAUUGCCGUACCCUCUUCUAUCUCCGACAAUACGAUCAAUUACGCAGGCCGAUACCGUUCCAGGGCGAGAAUCCCUGCACUUACAUACUUUCAUCCCGUAAACAAUUGCACCAUUACUCGAAGCUCGCAGCCCCUUGUUGGUGUGCGCCAGAACCGCAGUAUUCAGGAUGAGAAAUUACUUGCCACUAUCUUCUCAACUUCGCGAUCGGAACGACCAUUGGCCAGCUUUUCUCACCCUACUCUAGAGAACGAGCAAUCAGACUCCAGCCAUGGCAGUUCGGAGUGGAACGAGGCAGGCCCUGACAUGUCAAAUGCCGAGGAUGUCAAGGACGAUAUGCUUGCCGCUGCUCGUGGAAACUCUGAAGAUGAGCGCAUGAUAUAUGGUGCCCAACAGCAAAAUCUCAUCGUUGAUGCACGUCCCACUGUGAAUGCCUAUGCAAUGCAAGCUGUUGGUAUGGGGUCCGAAAAUAUGGACAACUACAAGUUUGCCACUAAGGUAUACCUGGGCAUUGACAAUAUCCAUGUCAUGCGCGAUUCUUUGAACAAGGUCGUUGAUGCCUUGAAAGAGACUGAUGUCACUCCCCUUGGUCCCAACCGGGACCAACUGGCGCGAAGCGGGUGGCUGAAGCAUAUUGCAGGCAUUUUAGAAGGGGCUAAGGUGAUUACCGGUCAAGUUGGACUACAACAUUCUCAUGUGUUGAUUCACUGCUCCGAUGGAUGGGACAGAACAAGCCAACUUAGUGCCCUUAGCCAGGUAUGUCUCGAUCCAUACUUCCGUACAUUGGAAGGCUUUAUGGUUUUGGUAGAGAAAGAUUGGCUUUCCUUUGGUCAUAUGUUCCGGCACCGGUCCGGUCACCUGAACAGUGAAAAAUGGUUCCAAAUUGAAAAUGAGAGAAUCGGCGGUGACAACAAUCGUGGAUUUGAAAGCAGCGGCGCAGGGCAGGCCCUUGAGAAUGCGUUCCGUAGCGCCAAGGGCUUCUUUGGCCGAGAUAACAACAGUCGUGACUCGUUGCAAGAGUCCGAUGGAGAGAUGCUGAGUUAUGACUCCGACACACCAACAAAGAAACCCAGUCCCAGUUCAGCUCCUCGCUCAAUUGUGGCCGAGAAAGAAGUUACCAAAGUGAAAGAAACUAGCCCUGUUUUCCACCAAUUCUUGGAUGCGACAUAUCAGCUACUGCACCAAUAUCCAACUCGCUUCGAAUUUAACGAGCGCUUCCUCCGCCGUCUGCUAUACCAUCUCUACUCUUGUCAGUUUGGAACAUUUUUGUUCAACAACGAGAAAGAACGAGUGGAAACGAAAGCAAAAGAGCGCACUCGCAGUGUGUGGGAUUGGUUCUUGGCCCGACGGGAGCAAUUCAUGAACCCACUAUACGAUCCAGAAGUUGAUGACCACAAGCGUGGACAAGAACGACUGCUCUUCCCUCGCCCAAAAGAUACACGCUGGUGGGCCGAGUCAUUUGGUCGAGCAGAUGAAGAAAUGAAUGGACCCAGACCUUCUGAUGCAUCGCCGGCAACUGGCUAUGAUAGCCCCGGUGCGGUUAGGACGCCCAUCGUAACUGGCAUUGAGACCGCACAGGACACCGUGACAACCGAAGCUUCUAGCACCAAUGUUUCCAACGUUGCAGCGUCAGGACUGGCUGCAGUCACGUCAGGAAUAUCUAAUCUUUCGAUCCUUAAAAACCAUCAAUCCGAACCCAAAGGAGAAGAAAGCCUGAAAGAGGUGGAGGUGGAGAUGCAAUAA